CAAGGAAAAAUGUUUACAAAACCUCUACGAAAACUAAACAAAACUUAUGAUCCUCAUUUACAUCGUCAAAUUCAACGGCCUAUAACAAACAUUGAAGCCUUUGUAAUUAUAAUCAAAUGUUCCAUUGGCACUGGUUGUUUGGAAAUGCCUAGAGCUUUCUGUAAUGCCGGCUGGUUAAAUGGCAUAAUAGGAACAUUUGUUAUUGGUGGCAUAAUGGUCUAUGCCGUACAUUUACUGAUCCAUGCCAUGUAUGAAUUAUGUCAAAGACACAAAGAAGCUUCUUUAACUUAUCCCGAAUGUAUGCGUUUUGCUUUAGUGGACGGUCCUCCUUGUCUGCGUAAAUUUUCGUUAAUAUCGGGUGGCAUUGUGGACUUUUUCAUGUGUUUGUAUCACUUCGGCGUUAGCUGUGUCUAUGUCUUGUUUAUAGCGGAUAAUAUUAAACAAUUGCUGGAUUUUUAUUAUGCUAAAUAUGAUUUUCAUAUGCAUGUUUUAGCCUUAACACUUCCCUUGAUUUCAAUUUUCUUAAUACGAGAUCUAAAAGCGUUAGUGCCAUUCAAUACAUUGGCUAAUUUACUUUUCUUUUUGGGUUUCUCUUUGAUACUUUUGUACAUUUUAGAAGAUCUUCCACCGUUAAGUGAAAGAAACAUGUUUAACAAAAUCGAUCGUUAUCCUUUGUAUUUUGGUACAGUGCUAUUUGCCAUGGAAUCGGUGGGUGUGAUCAUUGCCAUCGAACAUGAAAUGGCUAAUCCAAAGGAUUAUUUAGGAUUUAGCGGCAUCUUGAGUUUGGGAUCUUUUAUAUCGCUUUGCCUUUAUGCUGCCUUUGGUUUUGUUGGCUAUUGGCGCUAUGAUUGUCAGGUUUAUGGUAGUAUAACUCUAAAUUUACCACCCGAUAUGUUACUUUCUCAACUUAUUAAAAUAAUGUUUGCGGUUGCUAUAUACUUUUCGUACGCUUUACAGGGUUACAUUACAGUAGAUGUUUUAUGGCAUCAUUAUUUUUCAAACUGGUUUGAUCAGGAAGAUCAAAUAAUAAUGGAAUAUAAUGUAAGAUGUUCGAUAGCAUUGGUAACAGUUUUAGUUGCUGUUAUAUCCCCUGAUAUUUCGAUAUUUCUACCACUAGUUGGUUCUUUCUGCUUAACCAUUUUGGGUUUUGUAUUACCAGCUCUAAUGGAUCUUUGUGUUAAAUACAAUGUCGGCUAUGGACCCUAUAAAUAUAUUUUGAUAAGAGAUAUUGCACUCAUUACUUUUGGAAUAUUUGGCAGUUUUAUUGGUACCUGGGUGGCUUCACAAAAUAUCAAAUUAAAAUAUGGAGAAAAAGGUGAACCCAACGAAAGUCUUUUAUAUUUUACAGACUUAUUAUAA